AUGGCUUCAGAACAUGAGAAUGUACCGGCAUCGUGUAAAGUCGUUCUAGCUGCCUCUGUCGCCCGCGGCCUGCUGGCUGAAGUCACAGAGGGGAGAAAAGCACUCGAUAAGCCACCCCACCUCGUUGGAUUUCUGGCCAAUUCUGACCCUGCGGCGCGCAUGUAUGCGAAUUGGACAGAGAAAACGUGUAAGGAAAAUGGAUUCCGCUAUACCUGUCGAGAAGUAAGCCGAGAUGACAUCGAGGACGCCAUCAUUGCCGCCAACACCGAUGACGACGUGGACGGGAUAAUGGUGUACUAUCCCAUCUUUAACAACCGUCAAGAUCAAUACCUACAACAGAUCGUCGAUAUAAGUAAAGACGUUGAGGGCCUAAGUCACAGAUACAUCUUCAACAUGUAUCAGAACAUACGCUUCUUGGACCCUCAGCCCGGUGCGCGGAAGCAAAAGUCCAUAUUACCAUGCACGCCUCUUGCCGUCAUCAAGAUAUUGGAAUACCUGCAGAUAUAUAACACUAUUCUACCGUAUGGGAAUCGGCUGUUUGGACAUACCAUAUGUGUUGUGAACAGGUCUGAAGUCGUGGGGAGACCGCUUGCGGCACUGCUGGCGAAUGAUGGCGCGCUGGUAUAUAGCGUUGAUAUCACCGGUGUGCAGAAGUUUACCCGUGGAGAAGGGCUGAAGAAACGGAGACAUGAGGUUGAGGAUAUGGAAGGAUGGACGCUGAAGGAUGCCGUUCCUCAUUGUGAUGUGGUUGUAUCCGGUGUUCCUGGUGAAGCGUUCAAGUUUGAUGAGAACCUCCUGCGCCCCGGCGCGAACUUCACUCCUGCAGUAAAGGAAAAGGCAUCCAUAUAUGUCCCAGCGAUUGGAAAGGUCACAAUCGUUGUCCUCCUUCGAAAUCUAUUGAGGCUCGCGCAGAACCGCAAGCCCGAAGGUGGCCAUCCAGCUGAUGCUGUUGAGAAGCCCGGUACUCUCGAAGGCACCACGGACACACCAAGUGGAUGA